CUAGCGAGCCCCACGCGUCAGACUGGGUCCUCCCCUCUAGGUUGUUGCGCUCGUGCCGAACUUCUCGCCGCGGCAUGAUGACUGGCCCGUGCGCCAGCUGAUCAACCGAGGGAGGCCAGUGCCCCUAGCCCUCCAUAAGUUUGAACCCCGCCGCAACCCUGAACCAUCUCUAUCAAAACACCGAGCCGCCACCGUAGAGAAGUGCCGCCGCAGGUGAGGAAAGGGAGUCGGCAUGGUAAACCGAGUCCUCAUCGUUGUCGCAACCUCGGUGUCAUGCCUAGAGGUUUCGCCAGAUCACUGGAGGGGUGCCGGUGGCCUCGGCGCGCGUGAUUGGUGGCUAGAGACCCCGGAAUUUCUCACCGGCGUCGAGCAGGCGGCGAUCCGCACCACUCCAUUGUUGGGGGUGUUUCCGCACCAAGAUCUCAGUAUGACUACCUCACUCAAUUCGUCAUGUCGUCCUCUUCACAUUGCACUAUUCACUAGUAACUCUCAUGCUUGGAGGACCGAUCAGGAGUCACUCUGGCGGGUGCUCCGCCAUUGGGUGCUGGUGGCGUCGCCGUCGUGCCUAGUAGGAGGUAGAGAGAUGCGCAGGGUCGUGGAUCUGUUUAGCAACGACCGGGAUUCGAUCCUGUUGUACCAAUUCGGGCAAGAGGAUCGGAGCCAUUGAGAUCUGAUCGGGUGGAUGGGACAACUCUGGGGUAAUUAAAAAUCUGAAUCGUAGAUUUCGGAUCGAGGGGUCGGCGUUGCGUACCAGUUCGUUUUAUAAUAGAUCUAAUCUGAGUCGUUCGCUUCAGAUCGGGUGGCUAUAGCAGGCCCGUGUCCAUUCGAUUAAAGAAUUUUGCAUGUGAGUCCUGAAAGGGAAAUGGACCUAAUCAUUUCCUAUAAUCGAUUUUGAUGGUUGACGUCCAUCACAAACCAUAUGGACUAACUAGAUUGUCUAGAUGUCAUUUAUCUCAGGUGCAUAAGGUUCAACUCAAAACAAGAAAGAAAUUCAGUUGGGGACACAAACAAAAUUUGGAGCAAGACAUGAGAGUGUGCUGCCAAGUGGCGCACAGGACACAGCGCGCUCCGCUAUAAUUCAUCGGACUGUUCGGUGAGCUAGCGGAGCAACGGCUAACUAGCUCAACGGUCGUCUACAAAAGCAAACAGUAACAUGAACAGUGCGCGGCAGAGUCAGAGCAGCAAAGUCAGAGGUCACCGGACAUGUCCGGUGCAGCUAUAGGACAACGGCUCCAACGGUCAAUUCGCUCCAAACCUCAACGGGCGUGCUGAAGUGGCGUGCACCGGACAGUGAACAGUACCUGUCUGAUGCGCCAUCGGACUGUCCGGUGUGCCUAUCGCCAGCAGACUCUGCCAACGACUAGGAAGUGGUUGGAGGCUAUAAAUACCCCCAACCACCUCAUUCAUUGGCAUCUAAGUUUUCAGAUGUUCUCAUUCAAUACAAGAGCAAUGGCAUUCACUCCAAGACACAUUCCAAAAGAUCAAAUCCUCUCCAAGUCCCAAAAUCAACUCAACCACUUAGUGACUUGAGAGAGAGAGAGAGCUUUUAUGUUCAUUUGCACUCUUGUUGCUUGGAUUGCCUUCUCUAUUCCCAUUCUUAUUCUCUAAGUGCUUUGUAAAUCUAGCAAGAGACACCUAAGUGUGUGGUGGUCCUUGCGGGGUCUUAGUGACCCGAUUGAUUAAGGAGAAGGUUC